AUGGUAAAUACUGUGAUUGAAACUAUUAAUGAAAUCAUCACCAAUUAUGAAUCCCUUUGUGACCAGUUGGACCAAAUAACUGAGACGGGUUCUGUGGCACCAUUAAUAUCUGAACAAUUUGCUGGCCCAUCUGUAUCUACAUCCAAUUUUUCUCAAAGAUCUUCUG